GAUCCGCAGAGCCAACUCGACUGCAUUCCGCCCAGACUUCCCCUCCGCCAGCGGCCUGCUGGCUUUGAGAUGAGUACAAGAUGUCGGUGUCGGGGCUGAAGGCCGAAUUGAAGUUUCUCGAGUCAAUCUUUGACCCGAACCACGAAAGAUUCCGAAUAAUAGACUGGAAACCCGACGAACUCAGUUGCCAGUUCAACGUAACAGGAGAGAAGCUGCUGAUCAUUCACUGCAACAUCACGGAGUCUUAUCCUUCAACGUCCCCGAUAUGGUUUGUCGACUCCGAUGAUCCAAGUCUGGCGGAAGUGUUGGAGCGCUUGGAGGAUGUGAGAAAAGGGAGCACGUUGCUUCUUCAGCAGUUAAAGCGUCUCAUUUGUGACCUGUGUCGACUGUACAACCUGCCACAGCAUCCAGAUGUAGAAAUGCUCGACCAGCCUCUGCCUGCUGGCCCCAUUAUCCAAGAUCGAAAGCACGGACCAUCAGAUGAGGUGACGUCAGAGGAAGAUGAGGAGGAAGAAAUGGGAGAGCAGGACAUUGACCUGGACCAAGACUUGGACCAUUAUGACAUGAAAGAAGAAGAACCGGUGGAUGGCAAAAAGUCUGAGGAUGAUGGGAUUGAAAAAGAACACCUGGCCAUCUUAGAGAAGAUCCGUAAAAACCAGAGACAGGACCACUUGAAUGGCGCAGUCUCUGGCUCUGUGCAGGCUUCGGACCGCCUCAUGAAGGAACUCAGGGAGAUCUACAGAUCACAGAGUUACAAGACAGGUAUUUAUUCAGUGGAACUCGUCAAUGACAGCCUUUAUGACUGGCAUGUCAAGUUAAGGACGGUAGAUCCAGAUAGUCCGCUGCAUAGUGAUUUGCAGGUCUUAAAGGAAAAGGAAGGCGUGGACUACAUUUUGCUCAAUUUCUCUUAUAAAGAUAAUUUUCCUUUUGACCCACCUUUUGUGCGGGUUGUCGCUCCUGUGCUCUCCGGAGGUUAUGUUCUAGGAGGAGGAGCCUUGUGUAUGGAACUUCUCACUAAGCAGGGAUGGAGCAGUGCCUAUUCCAUAGAAUCUGUUAUUAUGCAGAUAAAUGCAACUCUAGUGAAAGGAAAGGCCAGAGUUCAGUUUGGGGCCAAUAAGAACCAGUACAAUCUUGCCAGAGCACAACAGUCAUACAAAUCCCUUGUGCAGAUUCACGAAAAGAAUGGCUGGUACACACCCCCUAAAGAGGAUGGAUAAGCAGCGCCGAUCACUAUGCACUGGGAACAUGGGUCAAAGUGUCUCAUUUUCUUUUGAGUAUUUUUCCCCCCAUCUGACUUGCUGGGAGUGCAUCACGUUUCUUGCAGACCCAUCUGGUUGGUUCAUCUGACAAGUAUUCCUUCGUAUGAUGUGAGGGCGUUACCUGCCCUGUUCAUAUAUCUUCGAUUGUCCUUUCUCCAGUCUGAAUGUGGGGGGAACGUUUCUUCUUUAGCUGCUUACGGCAAAGUGGACUUUAAAUAAGAGUUUUAAAAGUCGUUCUGAAGCCCUCAAAGUGGCACGUCACCUCACGUUUUAAUUGAUUUUGUGUUAACAGGUACACAGUUACUGUUUUCAAACGAUUUAGUAAAUGUUACUUUACAUGAGCAUCCUAGACAAUAAAUGAGCCAGUUGUCAUCGUUUGGAUGGCUAUCUUUAAAUUAAAAUGACCUGCCACUCUAUCUUUUUAAAAGAGCUGGGGGAGCAUUGGGAGACCGUAAGCGAUGGGUUAUCGUCGGAGAGGGUUGGGUUGAUAUUUUUAAAAAUGACUCUGGAAUCUGCUCAUUGUUGAUAAACAGAGCAUGAUGCUUUUAAAUGAACAUCAUGCCAUGUUUCAGCAGAAAUAAAAACCGUCAAGGAGCUCUUUUGCCUUAUUCCUGUCCAUCAUCCCUGCUAGUGUUCUAUUAGUUACAGCAGCAGGGUUGAUGUGGUUAUAGUUGCAGUGCCAUGCUCAGUUGUGGCCAUGAACAUGGAUUUCAUCCCUCUUUACUAGAGUCCCACUGGAAUUGUCCUCACAGAGUAAACAAAGGAUGUUGGGUUAGUAAUUGUGGAAUUUGUUAGUCCUGGCAUACUUUGCUUGGCGUGGUUUGCACCUUUCCAUUUGAGUUACAAGGCCACAACCCUGUUACAUGAAAUAAGAGAUGAGUUGAGUUAACCUGUAGGGAAUGAAAGUAAUAUGGCUGUCCUUUAUCGGUACGAUAUGCAGAUGUGCUUCUGUGUUGCUUUCGGCGUGAAAAUUGAAAGGAUUGCUGAUAGUGUAAGAAUGUAAAAUUUGUCUUAAGUUGGCCGUCGUCACUGCUUUGAAUCAAACUUGGAAGUAACCUCCGGAGGUUUUAAAGGCGACACGGACUAAUUACACGUAGGAGGGAACUCUCUGCUCAACUUCUGAUCACGUUUCAGACACAAUUUAAAUAGGCCUAUAGCAACACAAAGGAUCGUGGCUCACCAUAAGUCCCAUUGUAAUUGCAUUACAGUUGAUUUAUAAAUGCCAACUGGAGGACGGCUUCCUGCGAAGCACUGGAAUGUAGCUCUGGUCUGGCAGCAUUGUUAGUUUUUCAUUGUGUGCUCACCUGAGAGAACCGUGAUCAGCUGGUGUGGUUGCCUACCCGCCGAUGCCAAAACUCUGCUCUGAGGGGCGACAUGAGAGAUGAUUGAAGAUGGAAAGUCAUGCAGUGGUGAAUGGACUUGCACACUUUUCUAACUGGACUCUUUCGAAAAGUGGAAUCUCUUUAAACCAACAAACAGAUGAUGAUGGCAUCCGGCACGAUUUGCUUGCUUUGGUUUUCAAUUCCUUUUAUUUUUUAUUUGUUUUCAUUUAAAGACAUUUUGACCAUGUACAGUAAUUUGUAAACUUGCAUCAAGUUUAUGAAUAAAGAAUUUUACGAUUA